GGCGGCCGCUGGGUGGCGGUGCAGUUUCGUGGGGAGUUUUGGGACGGUCAUGGCAGCCGAGCCAGCGAGGCAGUGGACCGAGGAGCAGCUGAGGAGCGAGGAUGUGGCAAAGAAAGAGAUUAUCCAGUUUCUGCAGCAGAGCGCUUCGGAGCCGUUUCUUAGUGAACAUAAGUUAAUGGGAAACAUCAAAAAUGUUGCCAAGACUACAAAGAAGGAGCAGCUAGUAGUUGCCUACAAUCAACUUUUUGAAACUAAAAGGUUUAAAGGUACUGAAUGUGCAGAUAAAGUGACUCAGCAACUUAAAGAUGUGAAGCUUGGGGCUGCUCAGGAGAAAGCAAAGGCCAAGAAACCUGAAGUGACUGCAAGUGAGGAACCACCAAAAUAUACCAAAUCCAUUUUGCAGAAAGGAGAUAAAACCAACUUUCCCAAAAAGGGUGACACUGUCCACUGCUGGUACACAGGAUCGCUAGAAGAUGGGACUGUUUUUGACACAAAUAUUGCUUCUAGUUCCAAAAAGAAGAAGGCAACAAAACCUCUGAGCUUCAAAGUAGGAAUUGGAAAAGUUAUUCGAGGGUGGGAUGAAGCACUCUUGACUAUGAGUAAAGGGGAAAAGGCCCGGCUACAGAUCGAAUCUGACUGGGGAUAUGGUAAGAAAGGGAAGCCAGAAGCCAAAAUUCCACCAAAUGCUAAACUAAUAUUUGAAGUUGAGCUUGUGGAUAUUGAGUAAUUUGAAUGCAACAUCUUGAGCUAUGCUUUAAAAUACUGCCUUUGAAUUGGCCAAUGUUUUAUUGGAAGUUUGUUCUUAAUUUUGUUAAAUAAAAAUAUGCAGCUUAUGAACAAAAUUGUGCAUUGUAUAGAACUUUAUUGAAUUUUGUGUUGAACAUGAUUACAUACAAGGCAGUGUUUUUUUUUGCUGAUUUUAUUAAGUCUUGCAUUUCAGAACUGGCUUUUGUUCAUUGAGAAUUGUU